UGUCCCCCUAUCUUCUGUCUUCAUCAGUGCUUUGCCUUUUUUCUAUAAUUAUUUCUACGCAGACUUUCUGAAUCCACAGAUUCUCUAUUUUUUCACCAUGGCUGACAAAAGUCAUGCACCAAUGAGAAAAAAAGAGAAAAAAGAUGAAGCGGCUGACAUGACCAAGGAUGGGAAAGAAGUGAAGAGCGAAGGACAGAAAACAGAGGAUAAUGGAGAGGCAGCAGCUAACAAUGGUACAGCAGCUAAUGAUCAGAAUGGAGAUUUUGAGGUUGAGCCAAUGGAGCUCCCUCCAUUUGAAAUCAUCGCAGGGGACCGGAUUGAUCCUUUAGUCUUUAGGUUCCAGUUCAAGAAUGUGGAGUACUCCUCAGGCCGCAACAAGACCUUCCUGUGUUACCUGUUGGAUAAAGGAAACCCAGCAGAUGGGCUGUACAAGGGCUAUCUGGAGGAUGAGCAUAGUGGCUCUCAUGCUGAGGAGGCCUUCUUCACACAGUGCCUGCCAAACUACGACCCUGCACUCAAAUACACAAUCACCUGGUAUGUGUCUUCCACUCCCUGUUCCGCUUGUGCGACAAAGAUAGCUGAAAUGCUGAAGGCCAGAAGAAACAUGAAGCUGAGCAUCUUUGCUGCUCGGCUGUUUGAGUGGGAGGAAGAAGAAAUCCAGGCUGGGCUGAAGGCUCUGCAUGGUGCUGGCUGCAAGCUGAGGGUGAUGAAGCCUGUGGACUUCUCCUACAUCUGGGACACAUUUGUGGAGAAUGAGGAACAACCUCUGAACCUGUGGGAGGACUGCAAAGAAAACUAUGAGUAUUACCAGGAGAAGCUGGCUGACAUUCUACAGUGACCACAGGAUCCAGCAUGGACUGUGUGCCCCCGUGAUCAUCACCAUUAUUACUUUACAGAUGAUUCAUGUUGGUGCUGUUGUUGUAGUUGUUGUUAAUUGAUAGUGAUACAAAUUCCUAGUUCAAAUGAAUCUGUGCUAAAGUACCUAUAUAUGUAUGAGACAGUGUGCUGCCUUUUUCCUGUAUGUGUUUAUGAAUGCUGUAAUCAGCGUGUGUCAUGAUAAAAACCCUCCCCACAACACCUGGCAGAGAUUCCCAUAUCUGGUUUCUACUCUGGGAUUGUCUUGCUCUCAAACAUUAAUACAUCAACAUGACUUUUAUGGUAUGUAUUGUUUUUUGCACAUUUUUGUAUACGUUGAUUUAGAAGUGGAACUUAGUUCCAGUUUGAACAGGUAAAUUGCAGAAUGAUUACAGAAUAAAUAUGUCUACAGUAUGUAUGGACCCUGCAAGUGACGACCACAAGGAUGUAUGUCUCUCUGUGUGUGUGUGUGUGUGUGUGUGUGUCAACUGAAUCUGAAGCCCUUGUCCAACAUGGGAUAUGUAACUUUGCUGGCUUCAUCAAUCUAUUAAAGCCAUGGAUUUCUGUCAUUCGCAUAUAAAUUACUUUUAUAUUAAUAUUCCCCACGGCUUAAUUCACAUAUCUGUAACAGGGAGAGCCACAGUACACACAUAAUAUUUGCCAUAUGUGUGAGGUUGUCUUAAUAUUGUCUGUGCCUGUUCAUUAAUGUGAUUGCAUAGGUCAGAUUUUUUCUGCAUUGAAAGUGUUACAUAGGCUAUACGUAUGUUACUAGGUCUGAUGUAGUAAGAUUGCUGUCAAGACUUUUAUGGAAAAGCAACCAGGAUUAUGUUACAUCAGUGGAAAGGGGUUUGAUAUGCAUUGUACUGAGAUGAGCACUGUGAGAACAUAAUGAGAUUAAAACGGAUUAAAACCUUUAGUCCUACAGUAUACAUUGUGACAGUUCCAAAACGCCUAACUGAAAGUCAUUCAUAUCUGUCUUCAUGACUGGAUUAACCUGUUUCGGAAGUCUGGGACAAAAUACACCUGAGACUUGACUGACGGGGGCUUUCCUUAAUGGGGCUUUCCAAGUCUCUGGGGCUCUGACCACAUGUUUAUACACAAAGUUUGAGCGGAAUUAUCAUGUCUAUUUUGCAUUUGACAUUUCCUGUGUUUACACUCGUAACAACAGUGAUACAUUUCCAAAACGCAGCUGACCUCCAGUGCCUCCCAUGUAGACACAGAUGGAGCUGCUGCUGCUGCUGCUCUAAAAUGUAGCUCAAACUACACCUCCUGUGUAACACUGUGUGAGGCUCUGAGUCUAAUCCAGGCUUUACUGUUUACAGCAUAUCAUCUGUUCAUAUUUACAUAAUCUGUAUUUGCC